AUGGCUGAAUUUUCGAUUGAAAAUGUAUGUCAAGCAAUCCAAGUUUUUAAUUCAGGAUAAGUUGAAUAAGCAGACAGUUUUCUAAGAAGCUUCUCAUAAUCAAAUGAAGCUUGGGGAAUUUGUAUUAAGAUAUUGUAAUAAAAUCCUGAUCCAUCAUUGGUGUUUUAAUUGUUACGUAUUUUGUAAUCCAAAAUUCUCUACGAUUUCAGUAUUCCAAUAUAAUCAUACAUUAGUAUCACUAAAACCUACAGAAGUGCCAUAAAUAUAUUAGAACUGCAUUCAAAUCAUACUUCACUAUAGUGUAUUAAAUUAAAAAUCAACUAGAAUAUAAUGUGUACUUAUGUUCAUCUAUUUAUACUUGUACACAUAUUCAUCGCAAACCAAAUCUAUUUUAGAGUAAACAUAUUAUUUAUUUUUAGAGUUAUUUCACAAAUCCUUGAUUACUCACAAAAUAAUAGUCCUCAUUAGAAGUUCUUAUAUGAUGUCUUAGAGACACUUCCAGAAGAGCUUACAGAAAAUAAAAAAAUUAUUAUUGAUGAUGAAAAAAGGAAGCUUAUUGCUUAAGACAUUAAAAAUAAAUAAAUGUUGGACAUUUUAACAUUUCUAUAAACAUAAUGGAAUGCAGUAUCUGAUGAUUCUCUUAAGUAUAAUAUCUUAAAGUCAUACAAAAAAUGGUUGGAAUUCAUGAAAUCUAGUAUAACUGAAGAAGAAGUAAUUAAAAAAUUUAAAUCAUUAUAGGCAAUUCAAUUUAUGAAUUUAAGUAGUCAAACUACUCUCUUUAAAGGUACUUUGGAAUCCAUAAGUAAUGAAGAAUUACAGAGUAAAGCUGUUGAAGCAAUAUGUACAUUUGUUGGUAUCAUUCCGAAAACAAUAUGUGAAUAACCUUAAUUAGAACCAUAAGUUUUAUAAGUAUUAUUUGAUGAAAUUUAUAAAACAUUUCCUGCAUGUAAAAAAGCAUUAGAGGAAGAAGCUUCUGAUGAAAUAUAUAACUUUAUAAAACUAUAUUGCAAGGUAGGUAAAAAGGUAAUACAUAAAAUCUUAAUUAAUACUUAAUUGGAGCCAUUUUUAUAAAUGAUUUUGGGGAUAUUUUGUCAUGAAAAUUCUUUUACUGAAAGUGAUGUGUUAAUGGAUUUUUGGAUUAAAAUGAUUAAAACAUUAAGAAUAAUGAAUGAUUUGUAAUUGUAAAAUAAAUUUUCAAUAACAUUUGAAUAACUGAUUAAUGGAUGUGUUUAGAAAAGCAAAGUGAAUAAAAUACUUUUAGCUGAAUAUGGGAUUUCUCCUAAAAUUAAGGAUGAAUUUGAACAAUAAUUAGACACUAGAUCAUAGAUGAAAGAAAUAAUGGAGGAAUUAGUAACUAUCAUUCAACCAAAUUUAAUUAUCUAACAUUUAGGAGGUAUUCUUAAGAAGGAAUUUAUUCCACAAAUGAAUGAAAAUGGUUGGAUUACAUUCGAAGCUUGUAUGAAUUUAAUUAGUGGCAUAAUUAAAUAGAUAAUACUAAAAAAUGAUUAAAUAGGUGUUUAAUACUUAAUGGAGAUUAUAAAAUUAUAUUUGGAUGUGUAUCAAUAAUAACCAUAGGCAAGCAAUAAUUUCAUAAUGAAAUCAGGUAAUAUUGUAUUUGAUUAUUAUUUUUAGUUUUUAAAACAAUUUCAAAAGGUUGUGCUUAAUUGAUAAGUUCAAAUGAGUUAUUACCAUCAUUAUUCAAUUUUAUAACAAUAGGCAUUCAUCAUAAGGUUUCAUCAGUUUAGAAGAAAGCAACAAAAGCAUUUUAAUUAAUUUGUUAGUAAAAUUAAAACUUUGUGUUGUUACAUUUAAAUUAAUUUUUAGAUCUGAUAUUUACAUUACAAUAAGUGUAAUAAUAAUUAAUUUUAAAUUUAGAUCUAAUUAUGACAAUUUAAUAAAAGGAGUAGCUAAUGCAAUAUGUUCGAGUUAAGAAACAAUGUAAAAUUAUUAUUUAAAAUUGUGUUCAAUUUUCGCUCAAAAUUUAGUUCAAUUAUAAAAAUAGAUAGAAGAAUUACUAAUAACAUAAGCAGGAUCUGAUACAUUAGAGGAGAACAUUAAACAAUAUAGUAAGAACAUUUCAAGUUUAGCAUAUGUAAAUAGCUAGAUUCCUGCUAAUGAAUCAAAUGAAUACUUAGCAGUGAGAAUAUUAAUAGUAAAUGUUUAUUAAGAAUUAUGGCCAAUUUUAAAAUUUGGUAUGGAGAGAAUUGCAAUAUUUGAACAUGGAGUAGCAGAGAAGAUUGUUAGAUAUACAAAACAUACAUUCAGAAAGGCAUUUAACUAGUUUUCAGUAGAUUUGUUAACAUAAGUAUUUCAAAGUUUUUUGAAUGUUUAUCGAUAAGUUCCAAUAACAGCAUGUAUAUAUAUAGCUGAAGUAUCUGCAACUGUAUUUUAUAAAUAUCCAGAAUAUCGUAAUCUACUAUCUGAAGCAUUUGAGAAUCUUUGCAAUAUUACAUUUUAACACUUGCCUUAAUUAUCAAGUUUUGAAGAGAAUCCUGAUUUAACAGAAGAUUUGUUUGGAAUGCUUGUUAGAUAUGGUAGAUAUACACCAGUGUUACUAUUAUAAAGUUAAGCAUUAUAAACAAUUUUAUAAUUGACACUAAUGGCAAUAGGAUUAGAACAUGCAGGUGCAGCAAAAGUGUUGUAUUCAUGGUUAGAAGUGGCUUUUUUGAUGUUAAAACCAUAAGAUGAAGCAUUCAAAGUGUAAAUUCCAUAAGAAUAUAAAGAGAGUAUUUAUAAUAUAAUUAUAUUAAUAGAAUUCUAAUAAAUUAUCAAUCCAUUAAUUCCUUAAUAUACAUCGAAAUUAUUUGAAGCCUUAAGAAAAGGUCCAACAGAUGAAGAAGUGGAAGAUUAUAUUUAAGAUUGUAUAAUAGCUUUAUCGAAGAUAUCAUUUAUUGAUUAUCAUACAUUAUUGGGUUCUGUUUUAGAAGAGGGACCUUAAAAUAUUCUGACUCAGUCAGAGAAAAGAACAUGGAUAGAAAAUAAUUAAGAUACUGAUAAAUAAUAAUAAUUUUUAAAAUUAUACACAAGAAGAUGUAUUUAGAAUACUUUGAGAGGGUGA